AUGAGGAGUCCGGCUAAGGCCCGGAGGUUCGGAGGCAGCGGCAGCGGCAGGUUGACGGUUUGAAUCCCGGAGAGAGUUCACCGAGGAGCCGAGGAGCCGAGCUGUGGCCUGCGGGGGAGAUUCAUGUGAGUCACUGAGAGAGGAACCCGAACAGAACCAGAACAGAACCAAACAGAACCCGAGAGGAGCCGAACCGAGCCGGGAGCAGCGGGUAGAACCUGUUAGCUGUUAGUGUUAGCUGCUAACGGAGGGAAAAAGACUACAGAUGCUACAGCUAGCUGACAGAGAGAGAGAGAGUGUGUGUGUGUGUGAGGGAGCGUGUGUGUGAGGGAGCGUGAGUGUGUGUGAGUGUGUCCGUGUGUGUGUUUAAGUGUGUGUUUAAAGUAAAAUCAUCUUUAUUGAACAAACAGCAGCCCUGAGAUGAGGCUAAAGCAGCAGCUAGCAGAGUUAGCUUAGACCUGGAUCUGUGUCUGUUUAUGAUCCUGUCAGGGGUCCGAGUCUCGGUCUGAGGGUCCGCACACUCUCAGGAGGCUCACACCGACUGAUAAUCGGUGAUAAAUCCAUCACUGAUCGAUCACAGAGGCUCAGAGAGGAGCAAAUAGGAUCGAUAGAUAGAAAAACUACAACCAGACCUGAACAAUCCAACUCAGAGUGAAGAUUCAGGGAGUUUAAACGGUGAGGAUCCGAUCGAAGGAGGAAUUAUUCAGAAACAAAGAGGAGGUUUCUGUUCUGCUGAUCACUGUGAGUCUCUUUAAAAGUCUUUGUACUCUUUUAGGAGUUAUUUUACUUUGAAAGUCCGAGCUCUCACAGAUCCGUCACGAUCUUCUGCUCGAUUUUAAGGAUUUAAGGUUUAAAAACGACUUUUAUUCACCUGUAAGAGGUCCGAAUCUGUGCCCUAUGAUAUCAGAAUUAAGUAACACUCACAGUAUUUACUAGGGCCCGACAGAUAUGGAUUUUUGGGGGCUAGCCGAUACCGAUUAUUGGGGGGGGGCGAUUACCGAUUAAGUGGCCGAUUUUUAACAUUGUUUUAUGAAGCUAUAAAAAAUACAUAUAUACUGUAAAUAUCUACAGUAUACUAUAAACUGUAGAUAUACUGUAGGUUACUGCUCUUCACGCCGACAGGAAGACUGACUUCAGUUACCCCCUCACUGCCGAUCGGUGCCGCCGAUCGGUACCACUGUGUCUUAACUCUCGUUCCUCAUUUCCGGUCCGGUCUGAUCUGGAGACAUGCAGCUGCCUCAGUCAGAGAAGUCGCUCGAUCACUAAUGUGUACUGUUGUUUAUUCUACCGUUACUGACGCGGCUAACAGUGUAGCAAGGCUAAUAGCAGGUGGCUAACUCUAACUUUAGCUUCAUAUCCCAUGCACAGCCAGCCCAGCGGGGAACAUGGUGAAGUGGGUUGAAGUGAAACUUGUUGACUUAUUGUGUUUUUCACAAACUGGUUUAUUUCCCGUUGAGGCGGACCACUCUCCUCCGUGUCCCUGAGCUGCUGCUUCAGAUCCGUCACUCUGCUGUGCUGUGAGGGAGUUAGUGGAUGAAGAUUGUUAGGAGGUCGCUGUAGCGCCAUCUACAGGAUAAGUCGGGGAACUUUUCAAAUGGCCGAACUAAUCAAAGUGAAACCGAAUCUUAUUUUCCGCUUUUUAUUUCUGAAAAUAUCGGCGAAGAUCGGCGAGUUUUGGCCGAUUACUGAUUAGUCUCAAACGGACUAAACGACUAAAACUGAAACCUCCUCCUCCUCCUCCUCCUCCUCCUCCUCCUCUCCUCAGGGAUGAUGGAGCGGUUCGAUCAGAGACCCGCAUUAGUCCAUAAAAACAACUGAAUAUCAGACUGAUAAUAGAAACAGCAGAUUCACAGAGAUCAGCUGAUUAUUACAGAAUAAUGUCAGAAGAACGACUUCGUCUUAGUUUCAGUGAGUUACAGUGAAUAUCAGGUUCAAAUGAAGUCAAUGUUUAGAGUCAAUCACAGCAUCUAGAUGAGUCUAACAUCUAUGUAAUCAUAGAUCUGUUCAUAUUUACACAGAGGAACAGUGACGGUCGACAAACGGAGAAGAAACCGAAAGAAAGAGAACAUGUAAAUAGACGUAAAAACAGCUUUAAUCUGCAAACAGCAGAACCUUUAAGAUCACAGACGUUUAAAGUUUAACUGAUGUGCAGAAACGUUUCAUAUUUAUAUUAGUUUGAUAUUCAGUCAGAUUGUAGUUUUACUGACAGAUCUGCUCCUCAACGUGACUCACUCUGAGUCUCACUUUGUCUCACAUGUUGCAGGAUAGAGACGGAGUUUCUGAUCCGAGUCUGAGGCUCAGUUCCUCCUUAAACCACAGAGGUCUCCUCAGACCUGCUGACCACAGACGAGCGCUCACAGACGAGCGCUCACAGACGAUCACAGACGCUCACAGACGAUCAUGAAGCUGUUUCAGGAUUCUCUGCUUUAAUAACUGCGUCUGCUCUGAAACACGCCGUCUGUAGGUGGAUGGAAACGUUUCUGAUGAAGGUUUCUGACUGUCAGCGAAGAGUUCAAUCAGAUUUUUCCAGGUGAUGAUGAUGAUGAUGAUGAUGAUGAUGAUGAUGACUGAUAUUUACCUGCUGCUCUCGACUGAUAACAGCCCAAAACAGAGUCAGAUUCAGACGUGUGUGUGUGUGUGUGUGUGUGUGUGUGUGUGUGUGUGUGUGUGUGAGAGAGGAGUUUCAAAACCACCUUCUUCUUUAUUUAAUCUCACCUGAGGGAGGGUUUAAAGGAGCAGUCUGUAGUUUUUGUCAGCACUGAUCAGACUCAGUAGAAAUCAAAGAUCGUCUUCAUCCGUCUGUGUUUGUUUUUCUUCAGGAAGGUCGUUUCCCUGCGGUGUCUCAGACAGGACAAACUAGGAACAGAUGCUUUUGUAUUUAGAGAGGCUGAAGACGAGGAGGUUGUCGUUGUUGUUGUUGUUGUUGUUGUUGUUGUUGUUGUGCUCAGAAGAAUGUGUGUUGAUGGACAUUUGAGAUGCUAUCAAAGGUUCUGAUUGGCUGAUAAGAGGAGAGCAGGCGGCUGAUCUAUAUAACACAGGUCUGUGAUGAAGGUUCCAGUUUCACUCUGAUGAAGUCCUUAUUUUAGGAGGUUUGAGUCUCUUUGGUUCAUUUUUUAAACUGGUCUCUAAGUUCAGCUUCAGAUGAUUUCAAAACGCCGACAAUCGUCCUGAUUGAUCAGACGGGGGGGCGUUUUUGCCUUUAUUAGGAAGGACGGUUUAAAAACAGCAGAAUUUCCCUUUAACUCCUGUCUUGUUGUGAAAAAAGGAAAUGUCCACUCUGUCAGGGGAGUGAAAGUCCGUGAAAUAUUAGAGGAGUCCCUGUGAGUUCAUGAAACUGCAGUUUGAGUCUGUCAGUGACAUCCUGCUCACUUUAUCGAUCUGCUGAGUCAGCGUAUCUAUCUGCUGAGUCAGCUUAUUUAUCUGCUGAGUCAGCUUAUCUAUCAGUGUAUCGAUCUGCUGAUCGUGUGUUCAGAUAUCAAACCUGUAGAUGACCACGAGGAGCAGCAGGAACAGCGUCAGGUCAGCAGGUGUGUGUGACGUCUCUUAUUUUGAAGUCUUUUAUUUUAAAGUCUUUUAUUCUGAAGUCUUUUAUUUUGAAGUCUCUUAUUUUGAAGUCCCUGAUUUAAAAGUCUCUUAUUUUAAAGUCUCUUAUUUUGAAGUCCCUGAUUUAAAAGUCUCUUAUUUUGAAGUCUUUUAUUUUGAAGUCUCUUAUUUUGAAGUCCCUGAUUUAAAAGUCUCUUAUUUUGAAGUCUUUUAUUUUGAAGUCUCUUAUUUUGAAGUCUUUUAUGUUAAAGUCUUUUAUUUUAAAGUCUCUUAUUUUGAAGUCUUUUAUGUUAAAGUCUUUUAUUUUGAAGUCUCUUAUUCUGAAGUCUUUUAUUUUGAAGUCUCUUAUUUUGAAGUCCCUGAUUUAAAAGUCUCUUAUUUUAAAGUCUUUUAUUUUGAAGUCUUUUAUUUUGAAGUCUCUUAUUUUGAAGUCCCUGAUUUAAAAGUCUCUUAUUUUGAAGUCUUUUAUUUUGAAGUCUCUUAUUUUGAAGUCCCUGAUUUAAAAGUCUCUUAUUUUGAAGUCUUUUAUUUUGAAGUCUCUUAUUUUGAAGUCUUUUAUGUUAAAGUCUUUUAUUUUAAAGUCUCUUAUUUUGAAGUCUUUUAUGUUAAAGUCUUUUAUUUUGAAGUCUCUUAUUUUGAAGUCUUUUAUGUUAAAGUCUUUUAUUCUGAAGUCCCCGGUGUUGAGCAGCCCUAAGGUUCAGGGAUGCUGACUGGAAUAUCUGAUGACAUUUUAACGAAGAGUCUGGACUCUGACGUCCCGUUAAAAGCACUUUUAUCUGAUCGUGAAGACCAUCGAGUCUCUGACCAGACCUGAUCCAGGACUCUCACCGGGUAAGAGGUUCCUGGUUGAAGGUUCCUCUCACAGGUUCCUGGUUGAAGGUUCCUCUCACGGUUCCUCUGAAUCAGUCGAUGCGCUCAGCUCUGAGAUGACUAACCCAUCAGCUCCUUUUUAAGCACCGAAAGAACCGUUUGAGUCACUUUUUUACGGUCAGUGAACACAUCACCGAUAAAGCAGAAACGACACAGGUGUGUGUGUGUGUGUGUGUGUGUGUGUGUGUGUGUGUGUGUGUUCAGGCUCUCCUCCUCAGAGAGUUCGAUCAUCUCUGAACUAAGGCUCUCCUGGAGGGACAAAAAGGUUUCAGCAGAGCGUUUUCUGACUCAAGUUUCACUUCAGUUUGUUCUGCUGUGACACCCCCCCCCCCUCCCCAGGGGGAUCAAUACAGGUGAUCGGAUCUCUGAACGGAAACAGACUCAGAACGAACCGAAACCUUUUCACAAACUCAAAUGAAUCAGAAGAAAAACCAGAGAGCGAGUCGAGCGGCGAGUCGAUUUACACGUUUAAACGCCGAUUUUAUACAAAACCAUCAAACUGUUCAGGGACGGGUGAGUUCAGGGACAGGUGAGUUCAGGGACAGGUGAGUUCAGGGACGGUGAGUUCAGGGACAGGUGAGUUCAGGGACAGGUGAGUUCAGGGACGGUGAGUUCAGGGACGGGUGAGUUCAGGGACAUGUGAGUUCAGGGACGGGUGAGUUGAGGGACAGGUGAGUUCAGGGACAGGUGAGUUCAGGGACAGGUGAGUUCAGGGACACUUUAGUCUUUUGUCCUUCUAAUGUCAGAAUCAUGUGGUUAAAGAAGGUCCAGGUUCAUGUUCUUCAUCAUGUGUCCUCAGCUCCUCUUCAUCAACCCUCUGUAGUUCAGUUUUCACCAAAGACUGACUGCUGACCCUGAAGAGUUUCAACGUAUGCAGAUGAUUCAGUUCUAUAUGUAUAUAUACAGUUAAAACCACAAUAGAUGAACUCGUUGUUGUAAAUCAGGAUCUUUAAUCAGCAGUGAAACGUUUAACUGAAGAUAAAUGAGUUCUUAGUUCUUCUCAGACAUCUUUGAGUUUGUGACAAAAACACGUUCAUAAAAGAGAAAAACUGAAGCUGUUUGUGGACGACGUGACGGUGGAACAGGUGGACCAAACUGAGAGGAACACUCUUCUGUAGUAAACUGAUAGUGAUCAAUAAAACAGGCAGGAGUCUGACGGUGAUCAGGAGAUGUGAUUGAUUAAGAGUCUGAUGUUAUCAGAGCUCCGUUAUCGUUCAGAGGUUUGGUCGUUUGUGAUUCAUCACUUCAGUGUCCAAACAGACGGAUGUUCGUCAAACACAGAACUGAGUCUAUUACUGCCUCAUCAGAAGAUCAUCUGUGAGGAAGUUACCCAGAGUUCUUCAUGAUCGUCUGUGAACAUGAUUACAGAAUCAGACAUGAUGAUACUGAAGGUAAAUUCACCUGAAGUGAAAACAAACAAGAUUAAAGUACCGUCAUGAUACAGACGUCUGACCAAGAACAAACAGACUUAAAGAUGGAGUUCAACAACAGUUAUGAGGCAAACAGAUCUUUAUUUAGAUUUGUUGUUGUUGUCUUUGUGUUUGUUUGUUUGUUUGUUUGUUUGUUUGUUUGUUUGUUUGUUUGUUUGUUUGUUUGUUUGUUUGUUUGUUUGUUUGUUUGUUUGUUUGUUUGUUUGUUUGUGUCUUCGCUCUGAGGUGGAGAGUUAACGGUAAAGUCCAGGGAGAAGAGCGAUAACCUCAGCUGAAGCUAACAGAGAUCUGAAUAAAUGAAAUGUAGACCUUAGUGGACCCAGCAGACCAGGUUCUGGAGUCUGAAGGUCUGAUGUGGUCCCAUUCUGGCCUCAUAGAGGAUUUCAGCAGAACUUCAGGGUCUCCUUGGUCUGGACAGCAUCAGUAUUUCCUGGUUCUGUCUGGUCUCCUCUCUCAUGGUUCAGUUUGAACCUGUUGAUGUGGUGACCUCCACCCCAGAGUCCGGUCUGUUUUUAAUGUCCUGAAGACCAGGACCGUCCAGUCCUGGUCCUGGUUCUGGUCCUAGUCCUGGUCCUGGUCCUGGUCCCUUUAGUGCCCAGGUUUAAUGACCUGAUGUUCUGUAGACGAUGAACUUUAAUCUGAAACUGUUGACCUGUUCGCUCACCUCUGAGAGACUCCGCCCCUCUGACGGUCUGACUUAGACCCGGUCAUGUGACCAACCUGCCAGAUAUUCACCUCAUUGAUUAGAGACGUUCCUCUAGAUGUUUGUGUAUCAUCAGAACUUCUGACCUGUUUGGUUCUUCCUUUAAGAACUUCUGACCUGUUUGGUUCCUCCUUUAAGAACUUCUGACCUGUUUGGUUCUUCCAUCAGAUCUUCUUGUUCAUGCUGAUUUAAAAUCUAAAACUGUAGAUGUUAUUUGAUGUUUCCUUCUGAAGAUGAACUCAGAGCUGAAGCGUCUCCUUCUUCUCUGCCUGUCAGCUGUAGCGCCCUCUGCUGGUUCUGAUUGAACCUGAAUCCAAACCUCUUUUGAGGCCCAGACGUUCCAGUCUGUCUUCUUCUUCUUCUUUGUGUAUUUUUUGCGUAUCAUCAGCUGGUGUGAGUUAGAGGAAAACCCCGCCGUCUGCAGUGACCUGAAACAGUCCAGUUUCUGUUUCUGUGAAGUCUUCACACGCUGCUGCUCACUGAGCGCGCUCAGAUCUCAGUCACAGUCAGACUCGGACCUGCAGCUGAACGUCCUCUCAGACUGAAACUGAAGGACUGAGCUGCUUUUUUUAAUAGGAGGGGGUUUUCCUGAGUGGACCGGGUCCAAACCAGGGGGACCGGAGUAUUUACCGGGUCCAACAAGACUUUAUGUCCGAGGAUUCUGACGCAGUUAGAAAACACAGGAUUAUAAACUAACAGGAUUAUAAUUAACAUGAUUUAAAUGAACAUGAUUUUAUACUAACAGGAUUAUAAACAACAUGAUUUUAACUUAAGUGAUUAUAACGAGCAUGAUUAUUACAAACAUGAUUUUAAAAAACACUUUUCUAACUAAAAGAUUUUAACUAACAUGAUUAAAAACAACUAGAUUUAAUUUAACAGGAUUUUUAAUAAUAACAUUUUAACUAAAAUGAUUUUAACUAACAUGAUUAUAAAUGACAGGAUUUUAACUGAAGUGAUUAUAAGUAACAUGAUUAUUAAACAUGAUUUUGGUUGACAUGAAAAAACUUUAAACCACAUGAAUUAAGAGAACCUGAUUUUAAAUAACACUAUUUUAACUAACACUAUUUUAACUAACAUUAUUAUAUUUAACAUGAUUUUAACUAAUGUAAUUUUGUAGAAACAUGAUUAAUUUUUGAUUUUCAGGAACAAACAUUCACAGAAAUCUGAUUUAUUACAUUUCAAGUUUCUGGAGUUCUGUGAAAAAUUAGAGAGAGAGAGAGGACAAACUGUGUGUGUGUGUGUGUGUGUGUGUGUGUGUGUGUGUGUGUGUGUGUGUGUGUGUGUGUGUGUGUGUGUGUGUGUUAAUGAUGCAGGCUGUGGAAAAGCCCCUAGCAUCCCCACAGCCAAGCCCUGACAGGAUGUGAGUUUUGUUCGUUGUGUGUGUGUGUGUGUGUGUGUGUGUGUGUUGGUGUGUGUUAGUGUGUGUGUGUGUGUGUGUGUGGAUCAGCUGAUCUCGUGGUCAGGGAGAAGGUGAAAGGUCACAUGUCUCUGUGUUUUAACAUGUCUUCGUCGGUCUUUGACUAAAAAUGUGAUUUUUUAAUUUUGACUUCCAGCAGGUUCAGAAUGAGUCGGUUUAUUCUGAGGAUCCCGGGUUCAUGCAGACGCUCUUUCAGCUCUUCUGAUUGGAUAAAAUCGUGUUAUCAGAAUUAUAGCCAUGAGUAGAAACCCCCUCUCGUUGGUCUCCUGUAUGUUUGUGUAUUUUUCUGUCAUUAGAGCUGAGCUGAGGGGUUUCCACUCACAGAUUAUUAUGGAAAGAAGUGAAAGCAGCACAUUCGAACCCUGCAGUGUCAGAGAGGGAGACGGUCUCCUUUCAGUCAGGAACAAAACCAUCAAACACCUGAACGAGAACUGACAUAAACUAUAACUGAAACUGAAGGGAUCAAUAAAGUGAAAAUAACUGGAACUGAAAUGAUAAAAUAGAUAAAUAACAAAUAAUAAAUACAGAAAAAAUAAUAAUCAUGAUCAUAAUAAUAAUAAUAAUAAAUAAAAUAAAUAAUAAUUAAAUAAUAACAAUAAUAAACAUCAUACUAAUAAUAAUAAUAAUAAACUAAAUAAUAAUAAUAAUAAAUAAAAUAAAUAAUAAUAAAAUAACAAUAAUAAACAUCAUAAUAAUAAUAAUAAAAUAAAGAAGAAGAAGAAUAAAUCAGUGAAAAUAGUAAUAAUACUAAUAUCAAUAAUAAAAUAAAUAAAUAAUAAUAAAAUAUUAAUAAUAAAAUAAAUAAAUAAAUAAUAAUAAAAUAUUAAUAAUAAAAUAACUAAAAUCACUGAAACACCUGAACUCUGCUGGACUUUGACCUCUGACCUCUGACAUGUCCCCCCUCUCAGGUCAUGUCAGCGGGGAGGAGUGCUGACGGGAGGGAGGUGCAGAUUCCCCUCCAGCAGGUGGCGCCCUCCAUGGCUGCGCCCCUCACGGUGGUCCCGCCCAUCACGCCACCCUCACACCGCCCAGCCAAUCCCUGGCCUCCCAACGACCCCAACAGUUCACAAGGUAAGCGCUCGAACACAGGCUGCUCUCUGAUUGGCUUUGAGGUUGAUUGAUUAACCGUGUGUGUGUGUGUGUGUGUGCAUGCGCUCAGGUGUUCCCGCAGGUUUCCUCCCCCUCCACGGAGGAUUCAGGGAUCACUUCGUAGAAACUCCGGAGGCGAAGUACUGCUGCGAGGCCUGCAGGCUGGUCCUGUGUCAGCCGCGGCAGACCGAGUGUGGACACCGCUUCUGUCAGAGCUGCAUCAACGACAUCCUCAGGUGAGACUGACCGACAGGUGAGACUGACGGACAGGUGGACAGACUGACGGACAGACAGGUGGACAGGUGAUUCAGAGCUGAAUCUAACUGAACGUUUCCGUCUCCUCCUCAGUCAUUCUAACCCCGUGUGUCCCGCCGACAUGGAGCCUCUCUUUAAAGACAAGGUGAGCAGGAAGUGACGUCGCAGCAGAGGUCGAAUCCAGGCUGCUGAUUGGUCGGUUAAAGCUCCUCUGUUUGUGUCUCAGAUCUUCAGAGACGUUUGCUGUCAUCGGGAAAUCAUGGCGCUGAAGGUCUACUGUCGCAGCGAAGCCAACGGCUGUCAGGAGCAGAUGAGCCUGCAGCAGAUACCUGUAAGACAACACGCCGUUACCGUGACAACCGCUCUCUGAGUGGAUGUGGGGCGUCCUGGUUUUGACCGGUCUAACUCAGACAGACUCUGGUUUGUGUUUGUCCCUCACCUGUCCGUGUCUCUCCCCCCCGUCAGGACCACCUGAACGUGUGCCCGUUCUUCGAGGUCCCCUGUCCUCUGGGUAAAUGUAAAGAGCGGAUGAUGAGGAAGGAGAUCCCGGACCACCUGAACUGGAAGUGUAAACACAGAGAGACGGGCUGUGAGUUCUGCCUGACCAAGAUGCCUCUGACGGACCUGCAGGUGAGUCCGGAUCCUCCGGUCCAUGAGCCUCAGUCAGGGAGGACGGCUGCAGGUUUUUGUUUCCAUGAAAAAAGACGAAUAAAGUUUUUUUGUUGUUGUUUUUUUACAGAAGCACAAAGAGACGGUGUGUCCGGCGUUCCCGGUGUCGUGUCCCAAUCACUGCUCCUUCUCCUCUCUGCCCCGCAGUGAGGUACGAUCCGCCUCCUCCAAUCAGACACGCCCCUGUAUCCACCUGUCCAAUCCCUCGUCAAACUCGUUAACCUCGUUACCAUGACGAUUAAUGACUGUUUUUCUCCUUCAGCUCUCCAGUCACCAACACGACUGUCCCAAAGCUCAGGUCAGCUGUCAGUUCCACCGCUACGGCUGCACCUUCAAGGUAACUCCUCCUCCUCCUCCUCCUCAUGUUUCCUCCUCUUCUCCUCCUCCCCUCCUCCUGUUCCUCCUCACAGUGUUCCCAGUAGUCCCAGUGUUCCCAGUGUUCCCAGCGUCUUCUCUGUGUUUCUUUGUUCAGGGUUUGAAUCAGGACAUGAGGCAGCACGAGUCGACCUUCGCCGCUGAACACCUGAGGAUGAUGGCGAGCAGGAACUCAACACUAGAGAAAAAGGUCAAUAAACUAACUAACUAACCAACUAACGCCAACUCAAGAACUAACGAAUUAACUAACUAACCAACUAACUUAUUAACUAACCAACCAACUGAGUGGCUAACGAACAAACUAAGUAACACUAGAGAAAAAGGUCAACAAACAAAGUUACUAACUAUCCAACUAACUAACUUAUUAACCAACCAAUGAACUAACAAACCAACUAGCUGACUAACUUACUGACACACAAUAACCAACAAACUAACAAACUAGCUAUUCAACUAACUAACCAAUUAUCAACUAUCUUGUUAAUUACCAAAUAAUUUACACACCAACUCACUAAUGAGCUAAAUAACUAACUAGCUUAUUAACUAACUAACUAGCAAACGAACAAACCAACGUACUAACUUACUUUCUAACUAAAUAAUUAACUAAUGAAUGAACCAACUAACUAACUACCUAGCAUAUUAACUUAUUAACUAGCAAGCGAUCGAACUAAACUAGCUAACUGACUAACUUGCCAACAAACUAACUUUCUUACUAACUUAAACACUAUUUGACCUACUAACUAACUAACUAGCUAACUAACAAACUAACUUUCUAACUAACUAAAGAAUGAACCGAGAAACUUACUAACUUACGAGUGAUCAAACCAACUAACUAACGAACAGAUAAAUAAACUAACUUAGUAACUAGCAGCUGUUUGUGGCUGCAGCUCUGGAGAACGUCACGUUGUCUGACCUGCGUCUCACCUGUGCCCCGCCCCCUCCUCAGGUGGAGGACGUUAAAGGCGAGCUGUUGGAGCGGUACAAAGUUCUUCCUGCUCUGAGCAGCCGUCUGUCCGAGCUGGAGAACCAGAACGACGAGCUGCGAGAGAAGAACCGGCAGAUGGAGCAGAAACUGGCCGCCAUGCAGGUACGAGAGUCCGCCUGCACAACACCUGUCCACCUUAGCCCCGCCCCUAAACUCAGCAGCCAAUCCGCUCUCUCCUUACAGAAGCUGAUGAGCUCUCACUCAGAGAAGCUGAUGGAGGUGGAGCUGGAGAUCCGGGCGCUGCGAGUCCUCAGGGACGAGGUGGAGAACCUGAGGGGGACGCUGGACAACGUCUGGACCCGGCUGAACGCUCUGGAACAGGGGGGACGCAGCGGGACCGGGUCCACCACGCACACUCUGGGUCAGGACUCACACACACACACACACACUCUGGGUCUCUGGUUCUGGUCUGACCCUGGUUCUGGUCUGACCCUGGUUCUGGUUCUGGUCUCUGCAGCGUCUCUGGAGGCUCAGCUGAAGCGGCAGGACGACAUGCUCAGCGUCCACGAGAUCCGAUUGGCCGACAUGGACCUGCGCUUUCAGGUGCUGGAGACGGCGAGCUACAACGGGACGCUAAUCUGGAAGAUCCGCGACUACAAGAGACGGAAACAGGAAGCGGUGGCGGCGAAGACGCUGUCGCUGUACUCGCAGCCGUUCUACACGGGGUACUUUGGGUACAAGAUGUGCGCCCGCGUUUACCUGAACGGAGACGGGAUGGGGAAGGGGACGCACCUGUCGCUGUUCUUCGUGGUGAUGAGGGGCGAGUACGACGCCCUGCUGCCCUGGCCCUUUAAGCAGAAGGUAGCGAGCGCUCGAACGGCAGGUAUCACUUCCUGUUAGUGUUGUCGGUGACGCUGACUCACCUGUGUUUACCUGUCAGGUGACUCUGAUGCUGAUGGAUCAGGGUCCGUCCAGGAAACACCUGGGCGACGCCUUCAAACCCGACCCCAACAGCAGCAGCUUCAGACGCCCGGUGGCGGAGAUGAACAUCGCGUCGGGUUGUCCGCUCUUCGUGUCUCAGAGCGUCUUAGAGACCGGCAGCUACAUCAAAGACGACACCAUCUUCAUCAAGGUGAGGCCCCGCCCACUCCUGCUCAGGCCACGCCCACUCCUGAUAGAUUAGUUAUUGAAGUUUAAGGACUAGUUAGCGAAGUUAACGUGGGUUUAAAGACGAGUUGUGGAGUUGAUUUCCUAACCUAACUGCGCUCUCUUCUGAUUGGUCGGUUCUUCAGGUUACCGUUGAUACCUCUGACCUGCCUGACCCGUGA